GAUGACACCAAAACUCUGACCAAGCCUACACGAUUCCUGCGCCCUUUUCUCCUGACAUCCUCUUUCAACAGACUUCAAGAGCGUCGGAUGGAAAUACGCACAGAGUAGACUACAGGAAGGAGAACGUCCAGUCGAGUUUGACACAACACCUGAACUACUGCUUGCUUCAGAAACACAGCUGAUUUUGGAGUUGAUCGAAUCCUCUAUAUGCAACGCUGUCCACCAAUGAUCUGCAGAAUGAAUACAAUACUUCUGAGUAACUUUGCGAAGUUUAUUUUAUGCUGGAAUGUAAUUUACCUACAUGUUUACGCACAGGUUCAUCCAGAGGUCGGCCUCACAGCACAGGAGCAGAUGUACCUGCUGUAUGAUGUCAAAGUCGCGUGUCAUCAGAACAUCUCCACACACAACCCUGCAGAUGACCUUUGUGCCCCUGGCUGGGAUGGUCUGAUCUGUUGGCCUCAGGGAUCCCCCGGAGCGCUAACCAAGGUCCCCUGCCCCAGCUACAUCUACGACUUCAACCAUCAAGGUCAUGCAUACAGGAAGUGUGAUGUCAACGGUUCCUGGGUUUCUGUGGAGGGGUUGAACCGAACAUGGUCCAAUUAUUCCGACUGCUUAAAAUUCCUUUUACCUGGUCAAGAGGAGGAAAAGCAGGACUUCUUUGACCGGCUGUACGUCAUGUACACCAUUGGAUAUGCACUGUCCUUCAUCUCUCUUCUAGGGGCCAUUGUCAUCAUAGGCUACUUCAGACGCCUCCACUGCACUAGGAACUACAUCCACAUGCACCUGUUCGUGUCCUUCAUGCUGCGUGCCGUCAGCAUCUUUGUCAAAGACAAGGUGGUCCACACCAACGGAGGUCUGCAGGAGUUUGACACAGCGCUCAUGGACAACUACAAGACCAUCUCUGCUAUGCCCCUUGACAACUCCCAGUUUGUUGGAUGCAAGAUCACUGUGUUGCUCUUCAUUUACUUCCUGGCAACCAACUACUACUGGAUCCUGGUAGAGGGGCUGUACCUCCACAGCCUCAUCUUCAUGGCCUUCUACUCGAACACCAAAUACCUGUGGGGCUUUACCCUGAUUGGAUGGGGUGUCCCUGCUCUCUUCGUCGCCGCCUGGGCUGUUGUCCGGGCAACGCUGGCAGACGCACGAUGCUGGGAGUUAAGUGCUGGUAACAUUAAAUGGAUCUAUCAAGUUCCCAUCCUUACAGCCAUUGGUCUCAACUUUAUUUUGUUUGUGAAUAUUGUGCGAGUGCUGGCCACAAAAAUCAGAGAGACAAAUGCUGGGAGAUAUGACACUCGGAAGCAAUGCAGGAAACUGGCUAAGUCCACUUUAGUGCUGGUGCUGGUGUUCGGGGUCCACUACAUAGUGUUUGUGGGCAUGCCACACUCGUUCAAAGGGGUCGGAUGGGAGGUCCGAAUGUACUGUGAGCUCUUUUUCAACUCUUUCCAGGGUUUCUUUGUGUCCAUUAUCUACUGCUACUGCAAUGGAGAGGUCCAGGCAGAGAUCAAGAAGACCUGGACCCGCUGGAACCUGGAGUUCGACGGGAAGGGACCGGCGGCAUGUGCCAACUACCGGUACGGCCUCAACCAGACCACUACCAGUCAGCCCCAGCCGCUGGCCGUGAUCUCGGGCACCUCCUCUCUCUUCUCCAGCCACGUGUACCGCAGCAGCCAAGCCAGGCACAGCGUCAGCACCCACACCACCUUGCCCGGCUAUGUGUUCAGCAACUCUGAGGUGGAAAGCCUGCCCCCAUCCAUCCUAGAGGAGCCAGACGAGAGAGCCAAGCAGGUGGACGACAUCUCCCUCCGAGAGUCCUUACCUGUGGUGAAUACCACCAGCAUAGGAGAGGACUUGGAGGAGACACUGUAGAGAGAGAGUAGAGGGAAAGUGGGAAUGUACAGCUGACAACAAUUAUGUUUUUUAUAUUUUUUGAAUGACAGGACAGAGGGAAGGUAGAGCGGGAGAUACACAGGAAUUAGGGUCACAAACAGAAAGUGGCUGAGACUGAACUCUGAACUCGAAUUCGCAUCGUCAAGGGAAUACGUGGUUCGGAGUUGGCAGCCUUAACACUAGACCACUAGACCAGACUCCAAUAUCUUUGAUG